UUACGGAAAGAGGGGAUUUUCCCGCAGGCGAAAGGCAGGUCGGGAAGACAUCGAUCGCGGCAAAAGGACGACGGCACCCGAGCGGACGGAAGCACGUCGGCCUCCACCUCCCAGCAAGAAGUCAGCUUCUCCGUCCGACGCCCGAGCGGGCGGGAAAGACGACAGCGGAGAGCGGCAUCCAUGGCUGCGGGUCGGAGGGGCCUCCGCUAGGACCGGCGGGCGGGGAGGGCCCGGGCCCCACAGCCAUUCCCCUAGGCCUCGGCAUGUCCGGCCCGCGGCGGCCGUGCUGAAGAUGGCGCCGCCGGUGGGGGGGCUGCGAUCCAGCCUCUGCACCUUGGAAUUGGCCGUCUACUACGGAAGCCCGCCCUGUCCCCUGUGCGCCCGCUGGGCGGGACCCGAACCCGGAAUACCCCUGGUCUGGAGCCGGGGCAACUUGACGGCGGCUCGUCGACUCCUGUCCGACGGCUGUCCCGACGACCCCUGGAUCGUCCCGGCCGAAACCGUUCGUGCGGCGGGUAUUCUCCUGCUCCUGGGAAUCGGCUCCUUCGUCUGCUAUAAGCUGUUUCGUCGUCUGAGGCUCGACCUCCGGAAGAAGUGCGGCUGCGAUUCGGAACUCUUCGAGACCUUCGGCUCUUCGCGGUGGGUGUCCGAAGAACUGCUGUCCCGGGACGCUCCCUCCGACGACGAAUGCGUGGAGGAGAAAUACUUUGGACCGGAAAGCUUCGGGGACAGCGACGCGCAGUCUCGUAUCAGCGAUACUUCACAAUCUUUGGAUACGGAUUGCAACAGUGGAAGUUGGGGCGAUAGAGAAUUUACAUCAGAUAGUCCUCAAUUAAGUGACAGUGGAGAAGAAAUUAUGGGUAUCUCUGCCAGUAAUCAUUGCAUUCCUGUGUUCUUUGAUAAAACAAAUGGUGUAUUUUUUAACUAUCAACCUAAAUCACAUCAGUGUGACAGUUCGUUAAAACAAAACUUGGCUAGCCCUCUUUUCGAUCCUUGUUCUAGCCUCGAGACUUCGUUUCUUCCGAAUAAAGUUCAGCAUUCGAAACCAAAGUGUUCCCCCAACAGAAAUAUUUAUUUAGGAAAUAAAAAUGAAAAUGUUUGCAGAUAUAAGUCUAAAAUUUCUCAAAAUGGAGAAAGCUGUAAUGUUGGAGUAUUAGAAGAAAAUUUCCAGAUGGUGUGCAACAGUGAUCUUGAAACUGAUAUUUCCAUGUUAUCACAUUGGGAUCAAGAUCAAGAUAUUCUUUCUACCUGUGAUUCCUUUUCAUUUGAUGAAAGUGUAAAAUUUCAAGAAACUAGUUCAUUAAGAGCAAAUUUUAGUCCGGCUUCUCUUCAGGAAAGAUAUCUAAAAGCAGAGUCUUAUUUUUUACAUGAAAAAGCUUUAAAUAAUUUAAAAGUUGGUCAGUUAAGCAUUGAAAACAACGAGAAGUCCGGAGUGUUAUCGGAUUCUCACAUUUUGCACAUGAAACGAGAUGCUUCGUCUGCCGAUAGCCUUAGUAAUAUUUCCGAUCAGUUAUUUAUCAAUAAUAAACAAGUAAAGAGGUUGUUUCAUCAGGAUAUUUCCAUAGAUAGUGAAACAUCAGAUUUUAGUCUUGAUAUUCAGCCUCAGACGACAGAAUUAGGAUAUCAGACAGUUGGUCAGUUAGAACAGCUCCAAAAUCAACUUUGUGAAGUUAAGAAAGCUGUUCAGGAAUUAGAUAAAGAGUUUGUUGAAUUAAAAAUUUAUGAAAUGCCACCUAAGCAUAGCUGGGAACUUUCAGCUAUAUCGCCUUCAGAUGUUGAUCAAUCUUCUGGGAGUGAGAAUGAAAAGAAUAGUGCAUCUGAUGUGACGAGGCAAAAUUUUGAAGAAAUAGUUUCUAAAAUAUCAAAUAAUUCCUUAUUACUAGAAAAAACUGAUAAACCUAGACAAAAUAAUAAAUCCUUUAAUUUGGAUUUAAAUUCUAUGCCUUUAGAACCUGAUCACUGUUUAAAAAAUGUGCCUGUGCCUUCUUUACAUCAACCUAACAUUGAACGUCAUAGUAGUAAUCAAACCAAUGUUAUCUGUACAUCUUUUGAUGGAACUUCAACAAUAUUAGAAUCUGAAGUAAAACCACAGACUAGAAAUUUAGACAGUGGAAGUGAUUUUGGAAACUCAUUAGAAUCUGAGUUAGGAGAAACUUAUGAAAUUAGAAGAUCGUGUAGUUUGGAAUGGGAUCCAAUGUGUCUCCCAGAAUAUGCAAGUACGUUAGAUUAUUGUCAAUCAUUUCCAUCACCUACCGAUACACUUGCGUCCUUGUCGGAAUUUAUUCACGAUCAAGAAAUAGUUUCUCCGUUAUCCGAAAGCGAAAGUAAGGAUAUAAAAGUUUUCCAAGUGGAUCAUAAUAAUAGUUUGAAAAAGCGUUGCAGAUCACACAGCAUUCCUUCUGAAAUGUGCACUCAAGAAAUUCAAAAUUUGGCAUUUAAGAAGAAUUUACUUAAAAGAAGCAUAACUUUACCAUAUUGUAAGAAUGUACAAACAGAAAAUGAUUCUUUUUAUCAAAAACAAAUAGCUCACUCUAGUAUAAUGAGUGAAGACUCACUUCCUCUAAAAUAUCAAUGUGAAAAUUCUCUGUACAGUUCAGAAGAAAGUGGUUUUCUAGAUACUCAAAGCACAAAAAAGAAUGAAACAAUUGUAAACGAGACUGAUGUUUGUUCUGCUUCAUCGAGCGUUCAAUCAGAUAUUUUUAAAGAAAAGACUACUAAAUAUUUGUUGGAGGAUGAUAAUGGUAAUACUUGUUUUAUUACUGAAAACCAGUCUACUAGUAGUGUAGAUCCAACGAAUGCAAGUAUAAAUAGAGAUUCGGCAUAUUGUGAAGAAAGUUUCGUAGAUAAUUAUUUAAUAAAAAAUAUUGGGCAUAAACAAAAUUUAGUUGAAUAUAGUUUUCUUACAUGGAAAGGAGAAACUUUGAAAAAUAAACAAAUUAGAAAGGGCUAUGAAGAAAUAGCAGAAGCUUUUGGUUUCAAAUAUCUUCGUGUGAUUCAUAAAGAUGAUUAUUGUGCAAUUAGAGCGGCCCUCUUCCAAGUUUUAUCUCAAGGUCUUCCAGUUUUGAAUCAUCAUAAUUCUGCAAAACUGAUAUAUCAGAAACUUCAAAGAUGGAUUGAUGGAACAUAUCCUUGGUUGACAGAAUGGGAUUUUGGAGAAAAUUUAUCAUAUACUGGAAGCGAAUGUAUGCAAGGUUUCUAUAAUUGUCUUCAUGUUUUACAAAGUGUGGAAGAAGAGUUAAAGCGGUGCGCCGGCCGGGAAGAUCGCCUGACGGAGCUUCUCAACCGCCGUCCCGACGUCGACGCUCACCUGAUGCAAGCGGUCCGGAUACUGAUGAUGGUCUCGGCCCUAAAAUUUCGCCGCGCUUUCCUCCGGCGCCGAACGGUUCCGGUCUUCGCCGCCCUCCUGUUGGCCCCGGACGACUCCCCCCGUCCGGGGGAAUUCCUGCGCCGUCGUCCGAAUCGGGCGGGAAAGGGAGCCGGAAUCGACGAGGCGGAGAUGUGUCUGCUGGGCCACAGUCUGUCCGUCGUCCUCAGAGUGAUUCGUCCCCACCGUCGCGGCCGAGAAGACUUCGUCACCCGUUAUCCCCAGGAGGAGUUCCCUUCCGGACCGGAAGUCACCCUGAUAGAGGAAAAUCCACGGGGCUACCACGUGCCGGUGGGCUGAGCGGCCCCGGCUCCGGCCCGGACUCUACCCCAGAGAGAGGAAAAUGGCGGAGGAAAGAAGACCCUUUCCCAGCCCGGUUUCCGGCCGCCGACGUAUAUUUAGAGGUGCACCCGUUAGAAAUGGACGGAGCGGAGGCGGAAAAGACAUCCCGGUUAUUAUUGUUGGGCGGUGUUUGGCCCCGAGACGAGAGAGUACGCGGGUGUCGUGUCAAAGAAUACGAAAAUAGUAAAAAUAACAUUUUUCGAU